CACAGAGCAUCCUACGGUCAACAACAAGGUAUUGGUUCCUGCUGGUAUGUUUAUCAGGAGAAACAAAAGAAGAUACAGAUGCAAAGACCGGAGCAGUUGAGAAAAAUGGCAGUCAGACAGGGAUACUUCAGUCUGUUAGAUCACACAGGACAGCAAAGGACCAAACGUGACUUCUUGGGCUGUUGGGUGCUCUUAUAUUUCGGCUUCACCCACUGUCCAGAUAUCUGCCCAGAUGAGGUGGAUAAAAUGACCAGUUUGGUUUGUAUUCUUGAUGACGACCCAAGCCUGCCCUCUGUCCAGCCAGUAUUUAUCACCGUUGACCCUGAGAGAGAUGAUGUGUCUGCUAUGGCAAAGUACGUGAAAGAUUUUCACCCCCGGCUGAUUGGAUUGACGGGAACUGCGGAGGAAGUGAAGCAGGCAGGACGCGAUUAUACAGUCUAUGCCAGUGCUGGGCCUAAAGAUGAGGAUGGAGAUUAUAUUGUGGACCACACCAUCAUCAUCUACCUGGUUAAUCCAGACGGACUCUUCCUGGACUACUACAAUAGAAUGAAAAGCGAUGUUCAGAUUGCUGAAAAUAUACGUAAUCAUAUGAUAAACUAUGUUAAAUUAUUUCCAGAUUAAUCUAAAUGGGGGGAAAAUGCUUUCACAAUAAAGCUGUAUUUCAAAA